GACCUGUGCUUCGGACGAAUUCCUGUCUUCACACUCAGGUUUACGCAACCGUCGUCUGCUGUUCGCUUUCGGUCGAAUUCUCUGAUCUUUUCAAUUGGAACAACACUCAAAAAUGUUACGUUUCACGGGAACCCGUAUCCAGUCCAUCGUGAGGAAUCAAAUAGUGCCACGCACCGCGGCCAUCGGAGUGCAGAAUGUUCGUGCCUCGCAUGACGAGCCGGACGAGAACGAAGAGGACUUCAAUCAAAGAUACACGGCUUACCUGAAUCGCCCGGAAAUUGAUCACUGGGAAACUCGUCAAGUCAUGAACUCGUUGGCCGGAAUGGACCUGAUACCCGACCCCACGAUCAUCUGCGCCGCGAUGAGGGCUUGCAGACGAUUGAACGACUACGCGCUUGCUGUUAGGUUCUUGGAAGUUGUAAAGGACAAGUGUGGAAACAGACUCAACGAAAUCUAUCCGUACAUCUUACAAGAGAUCAAGCCUACUUUGGAAGAACUGGGCAUAAACACACCGGAACAGCUCGGCUACGACAAGCCCGAAUUAGCACUUCCGUCGGUAUACGAAAUGUACGGCUGAAGCUGCUAUGGAAAGUUUUAUAUUUAAAUACAAACCUAGUAUUUAUGUAUAGAAAAAUGCCUUUCGUACGAUUAUUCGUAAACAAGAAAGAACUGUUUUAAAUCAGGAAUAGAAGGUACUUCUGUACAUACUUGUUACCGUAAGCUGAUUUCAAUAAACGAUCAUUGUUAA